UCGGGAGGAGGAGGAAGAGGAAGACAGGCUCGGGGGAGGAGGAAGAGGAAGACAGGCUCGGGAGGAGGAGGAAGAGGAAGACAGGCUCGGGGGAGGAGGAAGAGGAAGACAGGCUCGGGUCUCGGGAGUAAGAGAUUCAAGAGAAGCCUGGGAGGAGGAGGAGGACCUGUGUAUAGGCCAAAAGAAGUGUGUGUCUGCCGCUGUUUAUUACAGGUGCUGAGGCCAAGGUCAGCAGCACCGCCGGGACUCCUUGCCGCUUCCCUCAGCACUGCAGCUCACCUUGCCUUGGGGGCUCCUGCAGGAGUGGCCCACACUGCCCCCCCCCCCCCCACCCACUCACCCACACACACACACACACUCACACACUUCCUGGGUUGUCUGCCAGGAGUGGUGCCACAAUGGAGGGUGUGAGGCCAGGCAGCGACACAGACAGCCCGGACCAGCGGCAGGCAGCCUCAGGUGAACAGAGCAGCCAGGCCAGACACACCCACUCCCAGGCAGGCGAGGAAAGGCUUGGGUGUGUGCAGGCUGUGUGCACCAGCCAGGCCAGACACACCCACUCCCAGGCAGGCGAGGACAGGCUCGGGUGUGUGCAGGCUGUGUGCACCAGCCAGGCCAGACACACCCACUCCCAGGCAGGCGAGGACAGGCUCGGGUGUGUGCAGGCUGUGUGCACCAGCCAGGCAGGCGAGGGAAGGCUCGGGUGUGUGCAGGCUGGGCAGAGGCUCACUGCUGAGGGUGGCAAUACUGAACACCCCCCCACACACACUGCUGUUAGGAACUUUGAGUGUGAACUGUGUGGGAAAAAGGUUACUAGUAAAGGUAGCCUCAGAAGACACGUGUUCCUCCACAGUGGCAUCAGGAACUUUAAGUGUGAACAGUGUGGGAAAAAGUUUAAAUGUAAUGAUAACCUCAAAACACACAUGGUCCGCCACACUGGCAUCAGAAACUUUGAGUGUGAACAGUGUGGGAAAAAGUUUUUACUUAAAGAUGACCUCAGUCAACACAUGCUCAUCCACACUGCUACUAAAAGCUUUGAGUGUGACUACUGCUGGAAAAGAUUUGCCCAGCGAAAAGGUCUAAGAAGCCACAUACUUAUCCACACCGCUCCAAAACAACUGGAGUGUGAACAUUGUGGGAAACGGUUUACUGUAAAACAACAACUCUUAAAACACGUGCAUACCCACACACCUUGACCUCUAGUCUUUGUGUGUGUGUCAUUAACCUGUCUGAUCAUAUGGGGAGGGAGGUGUGUAUCUACAGAGGUUGUGGAUAGUUUGCAUUAAAGAAUCUACAGUCUU